AUGCGUGUGUUAAUACUGUUGGCUAUUCUUGGAGCCGUUUCCGCGAACCCAAGAAAAGUAGUACGUAUUGUGGGUGGCAAAGACACCACUAUUGAAAGAUAUCCUUUCAUGUCUGCUAUGUUAGAAAAUUCCUUCUGGGGACUGAGGCAAAUAUGUGGUGGCAGUGUUAUAACCAACAGAGCUAUAGUUUCAGCAGCUCACUGUUUUGGACGCGUUACGCCAUUCACUUUAAGAGUGCGUUUGGGAUCAACUUAUGCUUCGUCUGGCGGACAAGUCCAAGAGGUUUCUAGAAUUAUCAUGCACCCACAAUAUAACUCACGCUUACUUGUACAUGACGUCGCAGUAAUCAGACUUCAAAACUCUGUUGUAAUGUCCAAUCAAAUCCAAGUUGCACGAAUUGCUGGACCACAGUACACCUUACCAGACAAUACACGUUUGGAUGUUAUUGGUUGGGGGGAUACCAGUUACAAGGGACGACCUUCUGAAAUACUUCAGCACGUUUCCGUUAAUAUCAUCAACCAAAGGAUUUGUACCGAACGCUACGAACACCUCAGAACUUUACCUGGGAAGGAAAACCACCCAGGUGUUACUCCUGAAAUGAUAUGUACCGGUAUUCUGGACAUCGGUGGCAAGGACGCCUGCGAGGGCGACUCCGGCGGACCUGUUGUUCAUGGUGGAAAUGUUCUAGUAGGAAUUACUUCCUGGGGACACGAAUGCGCUCAUCCAGUUUAUCCGGGAGUUAAUGUACGCGUUUCAUCUUACGCAGAUUGGAUCUCGACCAAUGCAGUUAAUUAA